CGCAGUCAUGAGGCCUAGGUGUGUGUGUCCAAAACUUUCUCAUCCAGCCUCAAUUCUUCUAUAUAUAGAGUCACAAGUGCUCGUUGAUCGGCUCUCUGACCAACUUGAAGUUGUGUCUGGCUGGCUGUUUUGCUGUCCCUGAGUGCUUGUCUGGUUUGACCGAGUGGCGGCCAUGGUAAGAGCUCCUUGCUGUGACAAGGCUAACGUGAAGAGAGGGCCUUGGUCACCUGAAGAAGAUGCCGCCCUCGUGAACUACAUACGCGAGUACGGACCAGGCGGCAAUUGGAUCGCUCUUCCUCGCAAAGCCGGGCUCAAGCGCUGCGGAAAGAGUUGCAGGUUAAGGUGGCUGAAUUACCUGAGGCCAGACAUAAAGCAUGGAGGUUUCACCAAGGAGGAGGAUGACGUUAUAUGCAAUCUUUUCUUGACCAUAGGAACCAGGUGGUCGGUAAUUGCUUCCAAGUUGCAAGGAAGAACGGACAAUGAUGUGAAGAACUACUGGAAUACCAAGCUGAAGAAGAAGCUAAUGCAGCAAAUGGAUUCUCUGAAAACAUUGCCUCAAAGUAACUUUGAUUAUCAGGACAAGACACGGAACUCGGCCCCAAUCGAUCCUGAGACGAAGAAUCGGGAAUAUGCAGUUAAUUCCAUAGGGUUCUCCAAGACGAGCUUCAAUCCAGGAACACCCACUUUGAAGCCGAGUCUUCUCCGUCGUGCAAGGCUCACCGAAGUUUCCGAUUCUAGCCAUCUACGGGCGUCCACGCCAGAAGGUUUGAGUCAUUCCGAUGUGGCGAUGGAGAGCGACUAUUCGGUGUCUGCAAACGGCGGUUCCGAACAGGACCAAGUCCCGUUGGACUUUGAUUGGGAUAGUAUGCUCAAUGACUUUGGCUUCCAAGAUCAGAGCAACUAAACACAGUUCAUGUUUUCCGGAUGUCACCUUCACUGGUCAAGUCAUCAACCCAAGAAGAAAAGAAAGAAAACUAGGGACCUUCAGAUUUUUCAGCAGGUGAUGGGAAAUUUUCCUGUCUUAAUUCUAUGGAAGCGGUCUGAGCGGUGAUUAAGUCGAAGUUAGAUGCGAGAUUUCGCUGUUCUUUAUCAUGAUGUAUAUUUCGCUAGGGCCUACUCAUCUGAAUCUCCCGGGUAUAUCCUCAGUUUACGUAUCAAGAUGAAUCAAUGUAAUUGAACAUAGAAAUGCAAUGAGCAAAGUUUGCUCAUGAAUUUACA